AUGAAAUUAACACUCUUGCAUCCAUUAGGUGUGCCCAACAUGCCCGAGAAAGUAAUUAUGGGUAUUGUCAAUGAUGAUGGCUCCUACAGCUGUCUUCCAGGCACCGAAGAUGGUGUCUUGCCUGGCUGUAUGCCCAUGGAUUUCCCUACCUGGGGUUAUACCAUUGGUGCUUUUGCCAUUGGUGGUUUCUUUGGUAGUCUUGCCAGUAAAUACACAAAUGUCUGGUUUGGUCGUCGUGAUAAUAUUAUGAUUUCUUGUGGCUGGAUGAUGAUCGGUGGUCUCUUGUCUGCUUGUGCUAUCAACUUGACAAUGUAUUCCGUUGGUCGUGCUUUGGUCGGCUUCGCAUCUGGUAUGUGUGGUUCUUCUGUCGCAAUCUAUGUAUCCGAAAUCUCUACCAAGAAAUCCCGUGGUGCUCUUGGCUCCCUUUUUGAAUUGUUCUUGAACGCUGGUAUUUUGUUGACUCAAGUCUGUGGUCGCUUCAUGGCCUUUGCUCCUGCAUGGCGUUUCUUGUGGGCUAUCCCCACUUUCAUUGCCGCUAUUCAACUCGCCUGUAUGUUCUUCUUCACUGUCGAAUGUCCUCGUCGUCUCUGUGCCAACAAGAAGUACGAUGAAGCUUGCGCUACUCUUCAAAAACUCCGUGCUGGCGCAGAUGUUGAAGAGGAAUUUGCCCUUAUGCUCGCUGCUCGUCAACGUGAGAUUGAAUCUGCUCAAAAGCAAUUCUCCAUCUGGGACAUCAUCUCUUGCAAGGACAAGCACAUUACCAAGAACACUGCUAUUGUCUCUGUCAUUCAAGCUUUCAACCAAAUCGGUGGUAUUGGUCCCAUGUCUGUCUACUCUGUCGGUUUCUUCACUACCAUCUUUGGUGAUGCCAACUUGGCUUCCAACAUCUCUCUCGCUGAUGCCGCUGUCAACAUUGCCGCUACUCUUGUUGCUGUUAUCUUCAUGCACAAGGUGGGUCGCAAGGGUUUCAUGAUGAUCUCUACUGGUGGUACUUGUAUUGCUUCCAUUAUGAUGGUUCUUGGCUCGUCUCUCAAGAGCUCCAACGGUCAACAAGGUAUUGGUGGUCUUGCCAUUGCUGCUGCCAUCGUCUUCACUGGCUCUUACAGUAUGGGUUGUGGUGUCAUUCCUUGGAUGAUUGCUCCCGAACUCUUACCUAUGCACGCUCUUGCCUCUGGCUCUGCUAUCGGUAACUCUUCUAACUGGCUCUUCAACUUUGUCAUCAACACCAUCUGGCCCAAGUUGAGUGAAGGCCUCGGCACUUACAGUUUCAUUGUCUUUGUUGUUAUCAAUUUCUUCGGUUUCUUGUUCAUGACCUUCAUUAUGCCUGAAACCACUGGCAAGGACCUUGAUGACCACAGCAAGAAGGAGAAGAUUCCUGAUGCCGAGAACAUUGCCACCGAUGGUACAUCUUCCAGCCAAAACAGCGAUUCCAUUGAAAAGAAUAAGCAUUUUGAUCACGAUCAUGUUGAAGUUACCAACUAA